CAGUCCGAGUGAGUGGAAGGAGAAAUUGUCCGCUUCUCGGUUCCUGGCACUCUUCCUCAUUCUCAGGGUCUCGGAGACCAAGGGGGAAACGGAGUGAACGUUGCCCUUGCUUGCCCGCCAAAGAACGAGCAGUUGUCAUGGGGAUCGGCAUGAGUAAGGUGGUUGAGGGCCUUUACCUCGGGAGCAUCAGUGAUGCUGAAGACAAAGAGAACUUGAUGAAACACGGGAUCACCCACAUUCUUUCAGUGCACAACAAUGCUAAGCCUCUGCUGGAAGGCAUGACCUACCUCUGCAUUUCAGCGUCAGACUCUUCGAAUCAAAACUUAAUACAACAUUUUAAAGAGUGCAUCAGGUUUGUCCAUGAAUGUAGACUGCAUGGUGGAGCCUGUCUCAUUCACUGCUUAGCAGGAGUUUCUCGCAGCACCACAAUUUUGGUGACCUACCUGAUGACGGUAACCAGCUUUGGCUGGAGAGAAUGUUUGGCUGCUGCCAAAGCGGUCCGUUCCUACGUGAGCCCCAACUUUGGGUUUCAGAAACAGCUUCAGGAAUACGAAGCCACGUUACUGCAGGAGUACCGAACCUGGGUCCUCGUGGAGUAUGGCAAGAACCCCCUCCCUGACCAAGAGGAGCUACAGCGGUUGCUCUCCCCCAAAGAAGAGAGAGUAAAUGAGCCACAAAUAGGACCUGGAGAAACCAAAUGGAACUGUGCUCCAAGCCCAGUCAACCACCAGCCACACACCAGAUGUGGUGAGAGCAGCUCCAGUGGCCACUGCCAAGGGACUGGCCGAUAACCUGAGGCGCAUUUUGAAAGAAUCUUUUUUUGCUACAUCUUUUGGAAGAUGAGGUGGUCUUGAUUGAUUUGCUACAUCUUGAAGAGGUUGUUGCAGGACCUUCCAUUCUGGUUCUUCCUUGACUGUGUCAUUCAGUCUCCUUGUGGGUUGGGCUGCAACAGUGGGCUUCUCCACUUAAGUACCUCUUACUGUCCAUUUGGAGGCUGCCUACAUCAGGGAGAAAGUAUGGGGUCAUUUAACAGUUCCAAGAAGACAGGUCUGCAAUUAUCCCAAGCUUCUUGCUGGCUGAGAAGAUGGAAAAGUAUCUUGGUAAUUCUUGAGGGAUGUUCUCAAAACCCAUAUGGAGAAUGCUUGUUUUUGAACAGGAGUGGGGAAUACAGGAGUAUCUAUCUUGGGAAA